CAGUCUCAAAUGACUGUCUGCUGUUUCAACCAUCGUUGAUUUGUAAGGCCAAUUUCUCCCUCGUUCUAAGGAAUCCUGCAAAGCAAAAGCAAAAAAAGAAGAAGAAGGGAGAGGACCACAUUGCCGCUCUUCAAUCUCUCCCACCGAGUGCAGCACAAUUGGCUCCAACCACUCUGUUCGCGGACAAACUUGGAGCUGCCUCCCAUGUUUCUCCACUCCCUGUUGAUGCAAGAGCAGAAGCAGCCACAACAGAGAAAGCCAUGGUAUGGAAGGGUGAUGGAGGUCAUAAUUCUCUGGAAGUCUGCAACAAGAUCUCCAACAGCAAGGCCUAGUACCGGAACUGCUGCCGACUCCAGCAAGCAGAAGCUGGGAAGAUGCAGCUCUCUGAAGGUAGCCUCUUCGUUCACCCGAGUCUGCCUCUGUGCUCCCAUGUCUUCCUACAACGAGGUGUUUCGAGCCGAUGCGCCGUCGCGGAGAAGCUACAGUUGCCCGAGGUCGAAGUCACCGCCGGAGCGAUGGAUGGCGAGCACGCGAGGGUCCGCCGAGGGCCGAAGAGUGUUCAGGGGGAAGUCUUUGACGGAUAACAAGCUGAUGCGGAGGUUCGUGGUGGAGGAGGAGGCGAUGAUGCAGCUGAGGAGGAGGAACCAGAUGGAGUUCAUGAGGAAGAGGAAUGCCACGAGGAGGAAGAGGAUCGGGCCGAGUCCUCUCAGCAGGAUGGUGAUGGCCGAGGAAGAGUAGUAGUUCAAAGAGGUUUAGCCGGUGCAACAAGUUGUGAUCCGUCUGCCACUGAAGGAUCUUCAUUUACUUCAUCGUAGUUUUGUGCAUACUUGGAGAAUUCUAUGCUGCAUGGGCAAAUCCUUGGAACAGAUGGGUGAUUGUUUUAUUAGGGAUGAAUUAGUAGACAGGAAGUGAAUCUUUUGGAAGAUAUGAACCUUGUGGCUUCUUCUUGCUCAUUCAUUCUUGAAAGUUUGAGUUUGAUUUGCAAUGACAAGUUUUUGAAUCAUAAAAUGAU